AUGACGUUUCUUCACUUUGUAAAUUGUGUGGCAUUAUCUUAUGCACCAUAUUUUAUUGCGUAUAGGUAUUCGGGAUUAUCAGAAUAUUGUUCCAUAUGGAAGUGCGCCCAUGCAGUUUUGGCGUAUUUUUUGACGCAACUAUGUAAGAUGCUCAUCCUUGCAACGUUUUUUCCAACCAGUGAUGCUAAUGGGUUUGAUUUAAUCCCGGAGUUGAUGAAAGCAAGUGCAGAUAUUUUCGAUGUGAUGGGUCUGCACGCCGUAAUCGUUUAUCUGAUGGCUGGCAAAAGUGAGGUGCGAUUUCUGGCUGUCGGUUUAGGCUGGGCUUUUGCUCACAGUGUAGCUAGUCGUCUGGUCGGUUUUUGGGUUGGUGCGCGAGCAAUGGCAUUUCAUUGGAAAUACGUGCAAAUGGCUUUAAAUUCCAACAUUGAUCUAAUUUUUUAUGUAGCAAUGGCAGCAUUGGUAUGGUUAUUCACUCGUAAUGAUCUUCGAUCAGGAAUGAGACGAAUAGUUGCUUUGUUGAUUGUACUUUGCGUUUUUCGUGAGUUCAUUGAACAAGCGGGUGUUGUAUAUUUGGAUCUUCGAUCUUGGACAUUGCUUGGAGCGAAGGCCGCAUUUACUACGGGACUUGCGAUGGGAACAUUAGUUGCAUAUUCAUCGCUUGGUACGUAUUUCACACAAUAUCGCAGCUAG